UGGAAUUUGAAUAGUAUCGGCCCUCGAGCCUGCAACGGGCACUAGCGCCAGAAACGUGUACGGCGAAGUGCGGUCGACUCGUCGAUGCGCAGCUGUCCUAUCGCGUUUGUCAAUUUAAAGUUUUCUCGAAACGCGUGUGUAAAUAAACAUAAUUGUCUUAUUACUUUUCGUUAUGAAAAUGAAGUGAAACAAAUGUUUAUUAUUGAAUCGUGUACAUUUUAGUGAAGCUGGAGCCUUCGAAACCGUAACCGCUUCUCGCAAUGACAAGGGAGAGCAUUCAGUUACCUUUUAAGAAAACGGAGGCACAUAAAAUGUUUCUUUUGGUUUAAUAAAUGCUUUUAUAACGUAUAAGUGUAUUCGUUAAAUAUAAGGACUAUUGUGUUCCGGUUUGUGACACUUUGGAGCUUAAUUUUGUUCCGGAUCGGUCGUUAGUCGCAGCACGUUUAAAAUGAGUCUUCAUAGAGCUUUGAUCGAAUUUGACUACAAAACGGCGAGUGAUGGUCUGCUGGAACUGUCCGAGGAGCAGCUCAGCAGCAUCAUGCGUACGGAACCCAUCACGGACGUCUACCACGUCGAACAGACACCGUUUGCAAGAGGUAAAUUUGCGUCUGUCCGUAAGCUGCGUCACCUGGUGUCAGGAUCCGAGUACGCGGCCAAAUUCAUUCGGAAACGUCGUCGCGCUGCGGACACCUCGCGAGAGAUACAGCACGAGGUGGCGGUGCUGGCGAUGUGUGCCGACUGCACCAGAGUAGUUAGACUACACGAGGUAUACGAGACUCGGUCAGAAGUGGCUAUAGUGUUAGAAUUGUGUGUCGGUGGCGAGCUGCAGAGGCUGCUGGAUGAAGAGGAACGCCUCACAGAGGGAGCGGCGAAGAGGGCCCUUAGACAUGUGCUCGAGGGACUGGCUCAUCUACACGCUCGCAGCAUCGCGCAUCUCGAUCUCAAGCCGCAGAAUCUUUUACUGUCUGCCACUGGAGAAGACCUCGUCAUAUGCGAUUUCGGCAUCAGCCGAGCCAUCCAGCCCGGGGCUCACGUUCGAGAGAUUUUGGGCACAAGGGAUUAUGUUGCGCCAGAGAUCCUCUCGUACGAGCCGCUAUCUUUGGCGGCGGACAUCUGGUCGGUGGGCGUCCUGGCCUAUGUACUUCUCAGCGGGUACUCCCCGUUCGCUGGAGACACGAAGCAAGAAACGUACCUGAACAUCGCUCAGUGCCAGCUGUCCUUCCCCCGGGAACUGUUCCACGGGGUCUCGCAGCGUGCCAUACAGUUCAUAAAGGAAACCCUCGUGGUUGAUCCGAAGGGUCGUCUUACAGUGGAUGAGUGCCUGGAGCACCCCUGGUUGAAAGACGAGGCGGACAUCCCCCGGGCCAUCGUCGGUGUGGGGCUCGAGACACAAGACCUCACCGAUGAUGACAACAGCUCGCAACAAACGGACACACGCAACGGAAUAAACGGACUUAAUGGACACACGGCCGUUAACGGAGUUAACGGAGUUAAUGGAAUUAAUGGGGUUAACGGAAUCAGUUCGGUCAAAAGUGUCAACGGAGCCUGUACAGUCAAAGGAGUAGACGCGGCCGCAGAAAACGGUAUUAAUGGACACGGGCCCGUCAACGGUGUUGUUAAGGAAGUGAGUUCCGUAAACGGAAUCGGCCCGCACGGCGCUCCCGACUCUGAUGUCGGUCACCUUAACGGCGUCAAUGGCGUCAACAGACCUCACACGAACGGAGUUAAUGGACACAACAAUGGCGCUGACUGUAACGGAAGCAACGGGACACAUGAAGCGAGAGAAUGCGAGCCGAUCCUCAGCGGGCGCGAGGACGAGCGAGACAAACCACACAAACACUCUCACCCCCCGCCCUUCCCUGACGCCCCCUCCACACCCAAGGUGUCUCGUAAGUCUCACCCUCACCCUCCGUCGGUGCUGGCGCUGUGCAAGAAGUUCCAGCCGGACUACGAGAAGCCGGCCAAGUUAGCGCACGCUCCGGCAGCCGCGGAGUGCGCGUGCGCCUGCCCCGCCCCCGGCCUGAGACUCCGCCCCCCGCGCUCCGCGCCCGACCGCGCCGUGCUCUGCUAGCGAGCGCUGUGCUGCCUGUGGCGCACGCCGCGCUGACGCCGCACAGCACACAGCACAGCACAGAGACUACAGUGUUUAUGAGUGACGCGACAGCAACGCGCUCAUGUAAAUAGAAUGGUGUACAUUCAGUUGUAUAUUUUUAUAGUAGGGGCCCGAUCACGCGAACUGAGGACGCGUUCGCUUAAACAACGAACUGUUCGAGUCUAAGAUUUGUUGAUUUAUUAAUAGUUAGUUAGUAUAAUGGGACGUGGCGUAGCCGCCCGAGCAGUCGUGGCGGGUUCGCGUGUCGGUCGCGCUCCUACACCCAAGGUACAAAACGCAUAAUGAGCCGUCGACAGACGAGCGCGCGUGUUCUGAGCUUACUUAAGAGUCGGGAGUGUAAAUAGUCCUCCGCGGAGACUGCGGCCGCCACGCCGGUCAUCGCUGCGCCAGCCUCGGUCUCCCGCUUAGAUAAUAGUCUUGUUGAAUGUCGAACAUCCGACGUACGUUUAGGCUAAGUGUUUAGAUGAUUUUACGAGAGAGCUGUUCGGCCGCGGCCGUCGCUCGCCCCACUGGGACCAAAAUUGAUAUAGUCGCAAAGGAUUCCAUAUUGGAUAGCCGUUGUCGAGGUUGAUGGUACGAUAUUUUAUCACUGAGAGUGACGCCGCCUUGUUGAUAGAGCUAUUGUUACAGAGGUCGGGAGGAGCUCCCGUCUUGCGACUUAUUAUUGACUAGUUUAAAGGAACUAUAGUGCCUUCGCACAGAUGAGUCGACUCCCUCUAUCCGCUUAAUCGAGUUUUCUUUUCAUUUUAAUUGUGUAUUUUUUUUCGUUCCAUUACUACGAAGGAGUAUUUCAUUUUUAACAUUUUUUUUCAACUAAACUCGAAGAUUUUUAUUACCUUGUGAGAGUUGUUGUGAUCCAUAACUCAUUUGUAAAAAUAAAUUAUUGUGAUACA